GCACUCGGCUGCGCGCUGCGCUCGGGGUGCACGGUCGCGCCGGCGGUGGCUCAGGCUCCAGCUCCGCUCCGGCUCCUCUCCCGCUGCAGCUGCCGCUCCGCCGGACCCACUCGGCUCGGAAUCCGGCCCCGGCGCCCUCGGCACCGCCCGCCCGGCCCUGGCCCCGCGGACCAUGCGCCGGGCGCACCCCGGGGAACUACACCCGGCCGAGAGCCCGCAAAGACGAGGCUCCCGGGCCGGGGCCCCUCCCGGCCGCCCGGCUCUCGACCUGCGCCCUGCCCCGCGUCCCGGCGCAGCGUGAGCCUGGGGGGCCAUGGAGCGCGCGCCGCCCGACGGGCCGCUAAACGCGUCCGGGGCGCUGGCGGGCGAGGCGGCGGCGGCGGGCGGGGCGCGAGGCUUCUCCGCCGCCUGGACCGCGGUGCUGGCCGCGCUCAUGGCGCUGCUCAUCGUGGCCACGGUGCUGGGCAACGCGCUGGUCAUGCUUGCCUUCGUGGCCGACUCGAGCCUCCGCACCCAGAACAACUUCUUCCUGCUCAACCUUGCCAUCUCCGACUUCCUCGUGGGUGCCUUCUGCAUCCCGCUGUACGUGCCCUACGUGCUGACCGGCCGCUGGACCUUCGGCCGGGGCCUCUGCAAGCUGUGGCUGGUGGUGGACUACCUGCUGUGCACCUCGUCCGUGUUCAACAUAGUGCUCAUCAGCUACGACCGCUUCCUGUCGGUCACCCGAGCUGUCUCCUACCGGGCCCAGCAGGGUGACACGCGGCGCGCGGUGCAGAAGAUGCUGCUGGUGUGGGUGCUGGCCUUCCUGCUGUACGGGCCGGCCAUCCUGAGCUGGGAGUACCUGUCUGGGGGCAGCUCCAUCCCCGAGGGCCACUGCUACGCCGAGUUCUUCUACAACUGGUACUUCCUCAUCACGGCCUCCACCCUGGAGUUCUUCACGCCCUUCCUCAGCGUCACCUUCUUCAACCUCAGCAUCUACCUGAACAUCCAGAGGCGCACCCGCCUCCGGCUGGACGGGGCCCGCGAGGCAGCCGGCCCGGAGCCCCCGCCCGAGGCCCAGCCCUCGCCACCGCCGCCGCCUCCGGGCUGCUGGGGCUGCUGGCAGAAGGGGCACGGGGAGGCCGUGCCGCUGCACAAGUGCGGGGUGGGCGAGGCGGGCCCUGGCGCCGAGGCCGGGGAGGCAGCCCCGGGGGCCGGCGGGGGGGCCGGGGCCGCGGCCUCACCCACCUCCAGCUCCGGCAGCUCCUCCAGGGGCACGGAGAGGCCGCGCUCACUCAAGCGGGGCUCCAAGCCGUCGGCGUCCUCAGCCUCGCUGGAGAAGCGCAUGAAGAUGGUGUCCCAGAGCUUCACUCAGAGCUUCACCCAGCGCUUCCGGCUGUCGCGGGACAAGAAGGUGGCCAAGUCUCUGGCUGUCAUCGUGGGCAUCUUCGGGCUCUGCUGGGCCCCGUACACACUGCUGAUGAUCAUCCGCGCGGCCUGCCACGGCCACUGCAUCCCCGACUACUGGUACGAGACGUCCUUCUGGCUCCUGUGGGCCAACUCGGCCGUCAACCCCGUCCUCUACCCCCUGUGCCACCACAGCUUCCGCCGAGCCUUCACCAAGCUGCUCUGCCCGCAGAAGCUCAAGCUCCAGCCCCACGGCUCCCUGGAGCACUGCUGGAAGUGAGCCCCGCCCGCCACCCGCAGCCACCCCUCCGCCCUGGUGUCCUGGGCAGC